AUGUACUUGACAGCCUUUAAAAAAAACUUAACUGUCCUAGAUCAAGAAAAAUUGUGGGAAAGGCUAUCUACUGUUGAAAAGGCUUUGGACGGCCUUAAAAAUAACGUAUCUAUGUUAGGUCAGGAAAGUUUGAAAGAUAGACUAUCAACUAUUGAAAAUGUUCUUUAUAAUCUUAGAAAUAACGUAUCCUUACUAGAAAAUCAAAUGAAUUUGGAUGAUAAGCUCGCUACUAUUGUAAAUGCUCUUGACGGUCUUAAAAAUAACGUAUCUAUGUUAGAAGAUGAAGAAAAUUUGGAAGAUAGGCUAUCAGUGGUAGAAAAUGCUCUUGAUGGUCUUAAUAAUAACGUACCUAUAUUAGAAGAUCAAGAAAAUUUAGAAGAUAGGCUAUCAACUGUUGAAGAUGCUUUUGAUAGUCUUAGAUAG